AGCGUCACCGUUUAUCACCGUUUAUCACCAGCUACUCUGGGCCCGCCCCCGUGCUCCAGAAGACACUGGGGGGCCAGACAAAGGUUCUGUGCAUAUCCGCAGACACCUGACCGAUGUCCGGACAAGAGCCGUCGGUGUCUACGAACGAGCUGAAGAAAAGAAUCGAAGACUUUCUCAGCGACACAAAGGAUGCAUCCAAGACGGCGUCGCAGCUGUACGUGCUGUUAGCGUCGGAGCCGGAGCUGUCGGAGACGCCUCUCCCGAUCUUCAAGGGCAAGCACUUGAUUCUGUUGUUGAGGAUGCUCAAAACCGCCGACUUGAGCUCCGCCCCUGGCCGUAACCUUUAUCAAGUGUGUCAGUCCUCGUUGGCUCAUUUGCAGGCCGACACCCCUUACAUCUACCGCACGAUGCUGCACCUGAUGCUUGGGCGAAAACUCAACGAACCGCUUCUUCAAUUGGUCUUGUCGGAUCAGACGGUGCUGCAGCAGUUUAUCUGUCAAGCAGUGGCUACCGUCGACGCCUCUUCGGCAAACCACACAAUCAACCUGCUAUCCUACAUCCUCAACAACGCCCAGCAGUGCCUCGACACUGAAAUUGUGGACUACAUCUCCCAGUCCUUGCACAAUUGCAUCAUCAACACUGAAUGCGUCAACGAUAAGCUUUUGCGGACCACCUUACAGCUCUACGUCAAGCUUGGGACACUGGCCUACGAGCGGGGGGAUUUGGUCACGAGCUCGAAUAUCGACAAAAUCCUACAGUUCCAAGUCUUUCUAGACCAUUUCUCAGUUAAAGAAUAUGCUGCCUAUUUUCAAGGAAAGGAUGCAACUUGGACCGAAAACUCCCUACUUUCUUUGGAGACCCUUGCGUACCCUAAGUUGGCCGACAUCUCUUACACAACUCCGGCAAGCAAUAUACAGUGGAAAUCGGUCAUAGAUUAUCUAGAUUUGUUUGUGCUGGUAUCCAGCUACUCCAACGGUGACAACAUUAAAAACACACUUCUCAGACCGGUGCUCAGUUUUUUGCUGAAGCUUUGUCGAAUAGUGGAUAUACCCAUUGAACAUGGUCAUAACUUCAAAAUUUGCGUGUCUAAAAUCCUCCACUUUGCCUAUGUCAAUGAUCUUAGACCUUACGAGAAUGUGAAGUUUUUUUUGAUCCUCUUAUCAUAUAUUUCAUUUUCAGCGGAUACUGAAGUUAGAGAGAACGCCUUUAUAGCUUUGACUGCAUUGCUUUCGUUGGAAAAGGAUAUAGUGGCGCCCUAUAUUGGUUUGGACGACUCGGAAAACUUUAAUGAUCUCUGCUUGGAGUGUCUCACCGAAUAUAACAAUGAGAUAACCCACAUGUAUAUAGUGAAGCUCUUAUUCGAGAAGACAAACUCUAGAUUUUUUGCGUUCAAUUUUGACGAACUCUUUUACACGAUACAAUCGUUUGCCAACAUUGAUGUCAUCAGAGCCUAUAACAACGCAUUUACCAAAUACCCAGAAAAAUUGAAGAAGAUAUGUCUUGAUCAGCUCCAUAAAUCAAACUUCUUCUCAACUUUAGAUACACACUCACUAAAUUUGAUCAAACUUGUUAUAGAUCUGAAAAAAUCAAUCAAGAAAUUAGAUUCAUUUAGAUUGCAAGUGGUCCCACUAUACCCAGGCGCAACGAGAAGGGAGACACGAAUAUAUCUUUAUGUGCUGUUAUCAUUGACAGCCAAAAAAAAACUUGAUAUGAAUGAUUUCAUGAUAUGUGAUAUGUUCCGUUACAAUGAUCCAGAUAUCCAAUCUUGUUUAACUGCGAUCUUUAAUAAAUUCAGCGUCAUAGAUCCUUUAUUGAACAAAUUGAUAGACAAAAUCAGUGAUCAAAACACAGUCCUUGUAUCAGUUGUUGAGUCUUCUGACACACUCUACAAGGAUAUUAGCGUUUCUGAUAAUCGUUUCCGGAUAAUAAAAGCAUGUGUCAUCGGAAAUUCAAAACACUUUCUUUUCUUCUUGAGGUUUUUUGCAAAUAUGAUAGAAUCCACUCCAGCUGGUUUUGAAAAGAGGCCGCUAUACAAUUUGUUGAAAACAGUAGAAAAAACUUAUCUUGACUGGGAAAUUAAUGAUCGGAUUUUGUUUUGGGAAGAACUAAGCAGCUUCUCAGCCGAUGCUUCUUUAAGCGAGUCUUUCCUUAAAAUUUUAAAUGAGUUUAUUGAGAGUCUGAAAGCAGAUGACAGGCACAUCAUUGUAAAUCAGAAAAUGAAUAUUCCUUUGGUCAUUAAUGAUUUUGAGAACAAAACGACCGAGGAGCUGAAACAAAUAAUAAUUGAUAAGGUAACGUUUCAUAAGCAAACAACAAAAGCACAUCUGAAAUCCAAGAAAAUCCUGAAUAUCAAUAAAGCAAAAAAGUCCACCGGCGAAGAAAUUGUCAAAAUCCUUAACUUACCGCUUGACAAAUCCGAUGAAGAGAUUAAAGUUUCAAUUACUGUUUAUCCCAAUGGGCGUUAUACUGGCGAAACUGCUGAUAAGUCAGAAGGAAAGAAAACAAAGAAACUUAAUCAAAGAGACCGAAAAUUUUUGUUUUUAAGAAAUUUGUCUGCUGAUAAAUCUAGUAAAAUAGUAGUGCAAGGUAAGCCGACAGUGAUAACGAAAUACUCUUCACACUUCAUCAAAAUAAUGACUAAUGAUUUAUUCAAAGGAAUUUUCCAAGGGAAAUCUAACAUAGGGAAGUUUGCUGCCCACCUUUUCAAUUCCAAGCUAAACUUCAUCUCUGCUUCAGAUGAGGAAAUACAGCAGGCCUUAAAGAAAUUCAGAUUGAAUUGUGAUGAGUUUACCAAAUACCUUUUUGUCAAACUUGUCUUUUAUCUUGACAGCCGGAGUUUGAUGGACGCAAAUUUGAGAACAAAAUUGAAAUCUCUCAAUUCUGAGGGAGGUAGCUUGAGUGAGUUUUUGAAAGAGGAAUUCACGUAUUCUCAGAAAUCAUGAAUAUACCAUAAAUAGUGUUCAUUACUUGUUAACAUAUUCGUUU